CUCCCCCCACGCAAUGUCCGACGCCCCGCCCGCAAGGCAGCCAGCGCAGUCAGCCCGCGCAGCGGCAAAGGGCACGUUCCGCCUGGCGCCAUACUUCCAAUCACUGAGCUACCUCACCCUCCUCCUCGGCGCUGGGGUGGUCGCGCUGCCCCGCAGCUCCGACUUCUUCGCGACGAGCGGCGCGCCGCAGCAGCAGCAGCGCUCGAGCAGGGACCGCCCGGAACAUCCCUGGCUCACGCCGAUCACGGCCAACCCCACGCACACGCUCGGGUGGGAGGUGGCCGGGCUCGUGUUGACGAUCGGGUGGUGGAGCCGCAAGAUGGCGGCGUGGUGGGGCGCGACGCCUGAUGCCAAGCGCCUCAAGGAAACCGUCGUGUCGACCCUCGGCGUCGCGCUCCUCUUCCACCUGUUCAUUGUCCUCCUCGGCGCGCCCCUGGUCGACAAGUGGCGCGACACGGCGCUCCUCGCGCUCCAUCUCACGCUGCUGGGCGCCACGCCGAUCGUGUACGCGCUCGGCGUGCCGUCCAUCCACGACGACGGCAUCGCCGCGCGGUACCGCCUCACGCGCAUCGUGUGCCAGUGGGCGCCGGAGAACGCUGCCGAGCGCGCGCUGUCCUUCGGGCUGGCUGGCACUGUUGUCGGCGCUUGGGUCGGCGCUAUCCCUCUUGCGCUCGACUGGGACCGUCCGUGGCAGUCAUACCCCCUCACGCCCAUGAUUGGCUCCAUCGUCGGCUUCAUUGUCGCCAGCUACGCCUCCUGGGCCAUCUCGGCCUACGCCUCGCUCAGCACCGACGUCAGCAAGUAUGUCUCGGCAACGACGCCCAAGCCCAAGGCGGCGGCCGCUGCCGCGCCCAAGAAGCGCAAAGGCAAGGCGCAGUAGGGUGGCAGAGUCACAGCGACCGCACCCAGCUUCAUAGAAUAGAUACCCACGGCCCAUUGCCCAGCCACAGCCCAUCCCCCUCC